GGCCCAGCCCUCCCAGGCGGAAGUAAUGGGGAGUGUGCGAAGCCACCGUUACAGCAUUGUGUCCUCUGAGGAAGACGGCAUGAAGCUGGCCACUAUUGCCGUCCCGAACGGUUACGGGAACGGCAAAGUCAACAAGGUGCACACAGAGCGCAAACAUCAGAGCCGCUUUGUCAGGAAGGAUGGCCACUGCAAUGUGCAGUUUGUCAAUAUGAGCGAGAAAGGCCAGCGGUACCUGGCCGAUAUCUUCACCACCUGCGUGGACGUCCGCUGGCGCUGGAUGCUGCUCAUAUUCUGCCUUUCUUUCCUGCUGUCAUGGUUGUUUUUUGGCUUUGUCUUCUGGGUAGUGGCGCUCUGUUACGGGGACUUAGAGAAUGAGACUCAGAUGUGUGUUUCCAAUGUGGACAGCUUCACCGCUGCCUUCUUGUUCUCAGUGGAGACCCAAACCACUAUUGGCUAUGGUUAUCGCUAUGUGACGGAGGAGUGCCCCAUUGCUGUCUUUGUGGUCGUCUUCCAAAGCAUUGUGGGCUGCAUCAUUGACGCUUUCAUCAUCGGUGCUGUCAUGGCCAAGAUGGCCAAGCCCAAAAAGAGAAAUGAGACCCUGGUGUUCAGCCAUUACGCUACAGUGGCCAUGAGGGACGGUAAACUUUGCCUGAUGUGGCGCGUGGGGAACCUCAGGAAGAGUCACCUCGUGGAGGCCCACGUCCGGGCCCAGCUACUCAAGUCCCGCACCACCGCCGAGGGAGAGUUUAUUCCUCUGGAUCAGGUAGACAUUGACGUAGGCUUCGAUAGUGGAAUUGACAGAAUCUUCCUGGUGUCUCCAAUCACCAUUGUGCAUGAGAUUGACGAGGACAGCCCUUUCUAUGAGAUGAGCAAACAGGAGUUGGAGAUGACAGAGUUUGAGAUCGUAGUGAUUCUAGAGGGCAUGGUGGAGGCGACAGCCAUGACCACUCAGUGUCGGAGCUCCUACGUGGCCAGCGAGAUCCUCUGGGGCUACCGCUUCGAGCCAGUGCUCUUUGAAGAAAAGAACUACUACAAAGUGGACUACUCUCGCUUUGAAAACACGUAUGAGGUUCCCAGCACACCCAACUGUAGUGCCAGGGAACUAGCCGAGAGGAAGUCCAACGCCUCCAGCUCGAGGAACUCCUUUUGCUACGAGAACGAGGUGGCUCUCGAAAAAGUUGAGAUGGAGGAGGAGUUUGAUGUGGAGGAAAACAGGGAGAUGAGGGGUGUUGAGGUCUGCGCACUCGAGCACACAAACACAGAUGUGGUUUCAGACCCUGAAUGCAAUCUGGACUCUUUGCCUUUGGAAUCAAGGCCUUUGACAGCAGAAUCAGAAAUAUGACUGCAGUUAUAAAGAAGAGUUAAAAACUACCACAGGGCAUGUUAAAGAUAAUGAAUUUGGUCCCGAUGGCUGUUCUUUAUAAUGCACGACAGUUUGUAAAAGGCUGUGAUUUGAGUAUGGGGUUCUCUUUGGAGAAGCUUACACACAAGACACCAUGGGAAUCCACACACGUUAUAUGUUAUGGUGAAAGGGGUGAAGAAUGAACUGGUUGCAUGCAGUAGAUCUAGAUGGAUAAUAUGGGUAAGAGGCCUCUUGGUUAUAAUGCGUCUUUUUUAGUGUGUGGCCUAAACGUCACAUAAGUUUAUGUCUGGCUAAAAUAAUUAAAUAUAGAUUUAAAAAUAAAAGGAUUUUAACGUAAAACUUUGAAAUUUACCUUCAAAUGUCAACCCAAAUUUACAAAUUUCUAGUCAUUUUAAAUCCAGGAAUCUUGUUUUAAAGGCUAAAACAUUUAAAGCACCAAACCACCUGCACAAAGGUUACUGUUAGCUAAUGAGCUGGCCUCUUAGCAAAGUAUAUUUACGGUCCUGUUCAGCGUGGUGGUCUUGGUGUUGCUCUCAUGGCGUGACGCAGGAAAGGGAUGCCUCGCACGGAUUACGAGCUAAAGCACACUAUGCUCCUCGGCCCGUCAUCUUGUCCAAGUAUAGCAUCUCUUGCAACGUGUGCCUUAACAAAAAAAAGUCUCAGUCCUGGUGUAGGCACUCUGAGCACACACUGCAAUAGAUGUCACAGGAAGAAGAGGUAUUAAAGAGGUGAUUCACUGUGCAGUAUACUGCCACUUCUUGCAGGUCUUCGUUUUCUUAUGUGCAAUACCGGUCAGUGGUAGAACGUGACAGUAAACUCAACCCUGAGCCAAGGUUAUGAAUGUUGAUAAGUGCUGCUAAGUUACAUAUUCUAUGAUUAGAAGGGAAAUCUGAGGAGCCAAAAUGUAUUAUUUGUCUUUUAAAGUAUCCAUUUUGAGGAUUGCAGAUGCAGCCUAUAUUGUUAUUUCUAGAUGUAGACGAGCAUGAUUCUGUCGAUGUGUUUUCCAAAGCUUUAAUGUCCUUUUUUUUUCCUCUCCAGAAAAUGUUCUCCACACAACAGCAGAGACUGUUUUAUUAACUUAAAGCCAAAUGUGUACAUAUAUAUAAGAGACAACAACCGGCACUCAUCUGUUAGUUGAUGUUGAUUUGAAACCAGACUUUAUCCUCAUCUAACAACGGCUAGCUGUUGAAACAUUGAAUAAGUUGAGUGUUCUUGGCGUGGCGGACAUGCAGAAUUCGGACACAUGGUAGUCUGCUGAUUAAUAUUUCAGUCACAAUGUAGACCACUUGACUUCAGUCUUACACAAAAAAGACCUUUAAUGUUUCUUAACUGUUAUUGUGACACACACUCACGCUUAGAUCUGUGGAAGCAGAACACUGCACUGCUUCUCUGCUGAGGAAAUUAGAAUUAAAACAUUUCAUCUGUUCUCACACUGACACUUCUCCUGUCUUGGGUCUUUAUUUUUCUACAAGAGUCUUCCUGCCUUCCUGCACAAACCAGAGACUGUACAGUUUUUUUUUUUAAAACAUCUUUUUGUAAAUUAUUAUGCAAAUACUGUGUAUUGAUAUUGCAGUUGUUGAAAACAGUUUAGGUCCUUUUUUCAAUAAAAAUGGAAAAAAAUAAAUAAAAAAAUCUUGAAGUUGAUGCAUUAAUUGUAAACAAACAAAUCCGUUUCAGCCAAUGACCCAAAAUGUGUGACAUCUGGAAGCCCGCUCUGCUGUUUUCGCUGACUCUAAUUUGGAGCUGCGGGCCAAAU